AUGGCCGCCUCCAUUAUGUCCCUUAGCUCCAGCGACUUGAGCUACGACAGCCGGGUCUGCCUGCCAGGCUCCUGUGACUCCUGCACCAGCGCCUCCUGGCAGGUGGACGACUGUCCAGAGAGCUGCUGCGAGCCCUCCUGCUGCGCCCCCAGCUGCUGCCAGCCCAGCUGCUGUGCCCCCUGCCUGACCCUGGUCUGCACCCCGGUCAGCUGUGUGUCCAGCCCCUGCUGCCAACCCACCUGCACCAGCUCCUGCACGCCCUCGUGCUGCCAGCAGUCUUGCUGCCAGCCGGCCUGCUGCACCUCCUCCCCCUGCCAGCCGUCCUGCGGUGUGCCCGUCUGCUGCAAGCCCGUCUGCUGUGUGCCCGUCUGCUGUGGGGGUUCCUCAUGCUGCCAGCCCUCUUGCUGCCAGCAGUCUAGCUGUGCGCCCUCUUGCUGCCAGUCCUCCCCCUGCCAGCCGUCCUGCGGUCCAUCCUGCUGUGUGCCCGUCUGCUGCAAGCCCGUCUGCUGUACCCCCGUCUGCUCUGGGUCCUCCCCUUGCUGCCAGUCCUCAUGCUGCCAGCCGUCCUGCUGUGUGCCCGUCUGCUGCAAGCCCUGCUCCAGCGUGUCCCUGCUCUGCCGCCCCGUGUGCAGACCCGCCUGCUGUGUGCCCACCUCCUCCUGCUGCGCCUCCUCCUGCCAGCCCAGCUGCUGCCGCCCGUCCUCCUGCGUGUCCCUGCUCUGCCGCCCCGCCUGCUCCCGCCAGGCCUGCUGUGGCCUCUCCUCGGGCCUGAAGUCCAGCUGCUGA